AGACGGGAGCUAUUCGAAAGGGUCUGACAGUAUGAGAUAAUUCUGAAUAAACAUGGAAUCGAAUUCGAGCCCGUCAUGAGCAAUAAGGAUGAGCCCGCCUCUUCAGACACAGAGCCCGACGUUGCCGGCGUAACAGUGUCCGAGGGGAAGGAACUACGCCAGUGUGUCUGCCAAAAGCGCGAUAAUGGCGACCACCAUGUCCUGAAUUUGAUUCUUAACCAGAGUGAGGGGUUCCCUUUUAUGGUAGGCUCCUCGGAAUCGACCAUCACACAUCUGCAUCCACCGGGAGUUCGAAUUUUCCAGCUUUGGCAGGUCUAUAUCAACAACGUCAACCCCCUUUUAAAAAUCACUCAUAUUCCGACUUUGCAACCAAAGAUUGUUGAUGCAAGUGUCGAUUCUGCGCAGGCUAGUAGGCCGCUGGAAGCUCUCAUGUUCUGUAUUUACCUCGUAGCUGUGAAAUCCAUGACAGAUGACGAGGUCACAACCACCCUGGGGGAACCGAAGGCGCUCUCGGUGGCUCGCUUCAACGAAGCCUGUCAACAUGGGCUAUUAAACGCCGGGCUAAUAAAAUCAAACAAUAUCAUGGUGUUGCAGGCUUUUGUGCUCUACCUUCUCAGCGAGGGUCGAGAAGUAGAUACGCGGACUUUGUCCUGUUGGAUAGGCAUCGCCGUACGCAUGGCUAUUCAUCUUCGUCUUCAUCGAGACGGGUACCGGCUUGGUCUGUCGCCAUUCGAAACCGAGCAGCGGAGACGACUCUGGUGGCAGCUGGUCGCUUUAGACAAGAGGAUUGCGUUCAGCCCCCAACUCCUUACAGAACUACACAGUAGACUGCACUAAAACC